AUGUUGUCCAACAAGCGAAAGAGCAAGAAGCUGAACCUGCUGAAGGACCAAAUGUUCCUCACGAAAAAGUACGUUGACAUGAACGACCCCAUAUACGACAGCGAAAUAGAAGAUGAAAACUGCUUCUACACGGUAGUCAACAAGGAAGAAAUAGAAUUCUCGCAGAAGGUGUCUGAGAUGAAAACCAAAAUGUUCGAGGAUAUGAAUAUACUUUCAUUUGAGGAUUUCGAAAAAAAAUGCGACAUGCUGAUUAACAACUUUUUUGCAAGCUACAAUUUUCAGCAAUUUAUUGAAGACUUAAAAGAAUUAAAUGUGAAGACGUAUAACGACUUUUUAGUUUUGCAGCUGAUAAAGAAAUCUUUCGAUAAGGAAGAAGAGUGCCAAAUUAAUGUGUCCUGUUUGCUGAAUGUUUUGAACAUCACCAAGUUGAUAAAGCCAGAACAAGUACACAGAGCGUUUGAAAAAGUUUUGCUAAGCUUGGACGACAUUAAGCUGGACUGCCCAUCCUGUUACGAGAUUUUCUUAAAGUACAUUAGGUUUAGCACACUGGACAAUGUAGUGGAUAAAGAUUACAUUUUGAAAUUACCCACUGGCUUUUUUGACGCGUUGGAUUUGGACAGCUGGGAUGAAAAGGAACUGGCUUUGCAGAACUUGAAGGAGAGUGAACACGCAGUGGAUAAGGCGGGCUGCCCCAACGGGGUGGUCUCCACGAAUGGCACGCUAUUAACGAAUUGCACUGUAUCAGCAAAUGGCACUAUAUCAACGAAUGGCACUAUAUCAACAAAUGGCACCGUAUCAACAAAUGGAGUUAUCUUGACCAAUCUGGAUGAGAACCACAUGUACGCGCAGAACCUCGAAAACGUAGAAGAGAAGAAGAAGCUGAAGGACGAAAUGUGGAAGGACACCCAGCUGUGGCUGCUAGACCUAAACAUGAAGCAAAUCCAGAAAGAGAAAAAAGAAUUCAAGCAAAAGGCAAGGGACUUUCUAGUGGACUUUUUCAACGAUGGAGACACAAAUGAGGUCAUCGAAUUUUUAAACAGCACAAACAGUUUGUUUCAUUAUGAGUUCAUAAGGAUAAGCAUCAUAGAGUCGUUCAGUAAAAAUAAUAUUUGCCGAAAGUAUAUUUCCUACCUGCUGGACAAUUUAUGCGAAACGUACUAUUUUAAGAAUGACAUUAUUAUAGCUUUUAUAAGAAUUAUAGGGUACAUUGACGACUACGAAAUUGACUUCCCGCAAGCAAAGGAAAUGGUAUGUAAAUUUCUGCUUAGGUGUAUCUAUGACGACGUACUUUAUCCAGCGUUUUUAAGCGAUAUAUACAAACUACACAUUGGUGGCAUGACAGGCAUGAUGAUUUGCAACAAGACGCAACAAAGAAUUUAUAACAAAAAAAAAUUGAACCUAAACAAUAUUAACUACAUUUGGGAUGAAGAUGAUACGUAUGAAAAAAUGAAAUUAAAAAGAAAAAUUAAUAACACCUUAUUAGAGUACUUUUAUUCCUACAUAGAUGAGCAAGAAUUUUAUUUACACCUCGAUGAAUUUCUGCCCCAUUAUCAUGACUUGUGUAAUUAUGUCGUUAAAAAGAUCUUCGUUCUGAACGUGGAUAUAAACAAUGACUUAAGUUUAUCCUUCAAAUUGGUCGACUAUUUAAUGAGUAGAAAUUUUAUCACUGAAAGAAAUGUUGAAGGAGGAGUCAUGGAGGUCAUGAACUCGCUUAAGGACAUUAUGCUGGAUAUUCCAAAGUAUCCGGAAGAAUUUCUUAAAAUUUUAAACUACCUUCAUGAGAAGAAGUACAUUUCGCAGGGCACCUUUGACAGGGUCUCCAAGGAAAUCGCAGCGUUUAAUAAUUAG